CGCAAAAUUGAUAAUAUACAAACAAAAAGCAGCGGUAAAAACGAAGUGGGACUCACUGAGACUGAGAGGAAGAAAAAGAAGCACUACUGACUGGAACUUAUGAAAGUAAAAAGUGGGGAAAAUGCAGAGAAAUUUGCGAAUGAAAAAAGAACUUCAGAUGUUUGCUCAGUCGCCACCACACGGUGUGUUGUGUUGGGCAAACGGUGGGGACAUCACACAGUUAUCAGCACAGAUUUUGGGAGGUGAAGGAACACCCUAUGAAGGAGGAAUUUUCAAACUAGAAAUUCAGAUACCUGACAGAUAUCCAUUUGAGCCACCGAAAGUCAAGUUCUUGACACCUAUCUACCAUCCCAACAUAGACAGCGGCGGCAGGAUUUGUCUGGAUACGCUGAAGAUGCCGCCCAAGGGGGCCUGGAAGCCAUGUCUGAAUGUUUCCACUGUGUUGACCAGUGUCCAGCUGUUGAUGGCAGAACCAAAUCCUGAGGACCCACUCAUGACAGAAAUAUCAAAUGAAUUCCAAUACAACAAGACCACCUAUCUCCAGACAGCACGGGAGUGGACGAGGAGACACACCAUUGAAAACAUCACACAAACUACUGAGUCAAUGGCAGCAACAACUGACCAAUCGUCAGUGAGCAGCGACAGUGUGAAGUCACUCAAUGAUAAAGGUAAAGACUUCAAAAGAACUCGUCCACCACAGCCAAUGGAAGAUCUGACCAACAAAAAAUUAAAGCUCUGAUUGAAAGGAAAUAUAUUGAGUCGAAGACCAAUCAGAUUACAGAUUUAUUCAUAUAUACUCAACCACAGCUAUUGGAGGGCCUGACCAACAAAGGACCGAGGCACUAACAGGAUUGUUGACCGAUUUAUUCACGAAUCCCAAUGACAGCCUUACAUGCAACAGUGGUUAACAAACUGACUUUAAGGAGACCUUAAUUGAUUCACGAUCUUAUCAAUGACCAGACUUUAAAACAUGAUGAUAAAAUGAAAUGACUUUCAAUAAACUUCAUCUGCUUCAAAUCUGACAACAGACAAUCAACGGGAAAACAAUAUGGACUUGGAUGAAUCUUUUUUGAGGUCUAGAAGUUUGAUUUCUGUUUGAACACAGGUGAUUCCUUCCAGCAUUUCUUUCUCAUCAUCACCUUAGGACAGAGUUGUGACAGGGAUGUACAUGUAAAUUCCUUGCCAUAUGUGUGCAUACUUUUGUUAACUGGUUGACCAUUUGUACAAGAUUUAACCACAUCUCUUAUCAGUCUCAUCUUAACAUGCAGUACCAAUGAACUGCGUUGCUUCAUGUCAGCGUAUUUUUCGUGCAACGAGCUUCGUGAAGAAUACCAGCAUAAAGCAUUGCAGUUCAUACCCUCAUGUAUUUCCAAAACUAAAAUUUAUUUCUUAAAUGUGUAACAUAAUAAAGAUUAGACAGCAGG